AGUUAAGCGAGGAGAGGUCACGUGACCAACACGGAAGUCAACAAAGAUUAUUUUCCCAGAGAAAUGAGGGGCUUCUCUAACGUCUAUGUAGGAACAUGGUCCGCUGUUUCCUGAUCCACUCCGUGUGUCCCGUCAGCGUUCUGUCUGCCGGCGACACUCGGGUUCUUUACUCCCGGGUCUUCGGUCCAGACGAGGCGGUUCUGUGUGAGCAGCACCGGGAGCUCAGCUCGGAGGACAGGAGGCUGCUGCAAAAGGAGAAGAUCAGCGUCGUAGCGAGGUAUUCUGGCUGUCACUGUCAGGACCACACCUGGAGGCAGGUCUGGAGUGCCGUCUCUCUGUCUCGGGAGGCUUCUGGUCGCCUGCUGGUGGACCCAGCUCCAGGUCAAGAGGCUGCAGCUGUUCAGGAUGCAGACAGCGGAGUGAUGCGCCUGAGAGCAGGAGACCCCUUCACCGGAGAGACGGUGGUUUUGUGGCUGGGGGUCCACAGUCUGGCCUUCACCCUGGUCUGUGAGCCUCACGAGAACCUGCUGCUGGCCGAGGGAACCCUGAGGAACCUGAGCCAACACUGCUUAGAGAGCCUGCACAUGCUGGGGCCGGGCAGCGAGGUCCUGCUGAAGAGCAGCCGUAUUGAUGUCCUGCUCAGCCGCCUGCUUCCUCACGGCCAGCUCCUCUUCCUGAACCAUCGCUUCACCCAGAGUCUGGAGAAGGAUGUGGCGUCUUUUCUGCUCAAAUGAACCCAAGUGGCUGCAGCUGCAGGUUAAAGGCCACCUGCUUCCAGUGGGAACUUCCGCUGCUAAACUCCUAUACUGUUUACCUUUGGUGACAUUUCUGCAUUAGGAAUAGACGAGCAGACGGCGUGUGGCUGCCGAGUGCACACCGCGUAAAUACAGAGUGGAAAAUAUCUCCCUCAGCCACUCACAGCCCACCGCUGGCUGUUUACUGUGUGGGAGGCUUCACUUCAAAUCAUGUUUGUCAAAUUGAAGAGUGGAAAGGAAAAUGUGGCAGAUUAAAGAGUGCAGCUGAAGAAACCAGUUAAGACUCACUUGUCAGGAUCAAAGUGUGCCAUUUAUCUAAUUUACCACGCUCAGAAUGCCACGGUGUGGCCUCCAGGAGCCACGUUUGACCUGGUUUCUGUGUUUUCAGAGGGUCUGAAAGCACAAAUCAAUAUUGAAAGAUACUUUAUUGUCAUUUCUUGAUAAAACUAAGUGUAUUAUAUUUGGUAAUAAGUCCUGCGUGUUGAGGAUUUAACCUGCUGCCUCGCCCACCUUACAGUUACUCCUAACUGACCAAAUGCAUCAAAAUCUGGUUUGUUAUUGAUCGAAUAUAAAUGCAAAUGAAUUAAUUUUCACAUCCAGGAAAGUAUCUUUGCACAGAGUAAUAGUUGGAUAGGAAAAUAGGAUGUAUGCCAACGUGGAAUUAACAAGGGGCAAACUGUUUCCCUUUUAUUAAAGAAGUCAUUCUGUCGCGUGCACGU